AUGGCAUCCACCUCAACUUCAUCGCCCUCAGCGGAGGAGUGGUUCAACCUCGCGGAGGCCUCCCCGCUCGAUAUCGCGGUGGGGGGAUUUGUGCAACGGUGGGAAGCCGCGGUGAGCGAGUUCAACCAACGCGAAGCUAAUGACUUGGACUCGUUGCUCGGCCCGAACCGGCCCCCUACCGAUAUCCGGUCGUGGGAGAAGUCUUGGACCAAGUUAGAAUUCGAGAGAAUCUCUAGAACUAAUGUCCAUUUACUCAAACUCUGGAAGUUCUCUUGCAACUUUCUUCACACGUCACCCAUCAGUAUCCUAUCACCACGCCAUGGCAUAACAUAUGAGCCGCAGGCCAUGGUCCGAAUCGGCAACCAGUACGCCCUAUGGUCUGAGGCAUUCUGCCAAGCACUCAGCGGUUUGGUCUGUCAUCCCAUAUGGGGACAGAAAGCGAAGCGGCUUACGGCCGCUAUACAAUUUGCAGCAAUAUGCCGCCUUGAUGAUCGCAGGCCGUGGACACUUGCGGGUUAUUCGACAAGCUGCCAGGACAUGAAAAAAUUGAGGCAAAUGGUCUCUUCCGAAAGGAACCAACAAUUACACGAGUUGUGCGAAAAUUACAUCUUGGAACAAAUGGCACGUGGCCAGGAGCCGUCCUGGCAUUGCAUGCUCUUCUGCCAUAUAGGCACCUAUGCCAGGGAAAACCAGCAUCAGAUGAACAAUCAUUCGCCGCAUACUCCCCCUCGUCUUGCAGUUCACAUCUCGGACCUUCAAGCCGUUACAAAGGCCAUUCAUCAUCUCUAUCCCUUCGGCAAACGUCUCGACUUGAGUUAUAGCGAAAUCAUCGCCGGGGCCGCGACAAAGAUGCGACUCCAAAACGCUUUUCCGAGCAGUAGCGAGCUUAAGAACACGCACAUCAGGUCGUUUUUGAAUGAAUUACGACUGGCUGGCCAGGACGUCUCCUCCAACAAAUCCGUUGGUCGGGCUUCGCAACCGACGACGACGUCUGGUUGCUCAAAUGCUAGAAGAGCCACCUCGCACCGCCCCGCGGGUAUCGAAAAGAAAUGGAAAAGGGGCAACAGGCGCAAGCACGCUAGACAUGCCUGA